AUGAAGUACAUUGAGCAGUUCCAGAAAGGUUACAAGCCCCCCUUCCAGGAGCAGGGCUCUGCUCCCGGCCUGCAGGCCAAACUCGACCCUCAGCCUCUCAACGAUGUCACUGCGGACGGCAAACCUUACAAGGCCGCCAACAAACUUGAAGGCCAGAGCGUCAUUGUCACUGGCGGUGACAGUGGCAUUGGUUUGGCCACUGCACUUCUCUUCGCACUUGAGGGAGCCGAUAUCACGUUUACUUAUACGACGAAGGAGAGGGAAGAAGGAAAGGCCGCAGAGCAGGAGAUCAAGAAAAAGACGAACGGCAAAGUGAAACUGCAGAGCCUUGAGCUCGACCUUCGCAAGGAGGAGCAAUGCAUCGUCCUGGUUGAGAAGCAUCUUGCCUUCCAUGGAAAGCUCGAUGCACUCGUACUCAAUCACGGAACUCAGAACGCCAACACCUACCUCCCCACCCUCCCGACUGAACAAUGGCAUAACACCUUCGAUACCAACCUCCAUUCGUUCUUCUACAUCUGCAAGGCGGCCAUCCCGCAUAUGCCUCCAGGUGCAACGAUCAACUUCAACGCGUCCAUCAACAUGGCUGUCGGUCAUCCCGAGCUCAUCGACUACACAGCAACAAAGGGUGCUAUGAUCGGCUUCAUGCGCGCACUCUCCAAUCAGAUCGUUGGAGAGAAAGGCAUCCGCUGCAAUGCCGUCGCGCCCGGUCCCAUCUGGACGCCGCUCAUCCCUGCGACGAUGUCCAAAAAAUCAAUUGAGACGUUCGGGACGACGGUUCCUAUGGGACGCGCAGGCCAGCCGGUCGAGAUCGCGACUGCGUUUGUCUUCCUCGCGUCGCCCGAUUCGAGCUACAUCAGCGGUCAGAUCAUCCACAUUAACGGCGGUACUGUCAUCGAGUGA